GAAGUGGUUGACCAAUAGGAACCACUUUAGACCUCCUCCUGUGGAGAAUAUGGCCGACAUUUUGAUAUUACUGUCAUGAAGAUUUUUCAGUGACAUAAAUUUUUAUCUUUGUAGUUCUUCAUGCACGGUUUUAAGUUCCCAGAACAUUUUAUUUUUAAUUGCUUAAACGGUGUUUAGUGUAAGGUAUUUUUUAAUAAAAAAUGGCAGCAGAUCGUGAGAUUGCUGCUGAAGACAGCAUUAGAGUCGUAUGCCGAUUUCGGCCACUCAAUGACUCUGAAGAAAAGGCUGGUUCUAAAUUUAUUGUGAAAUUUCCUUCGGGACCUGAUGACAAUUGCAUUUCAAUAGGGGGUAAAGUAUACUUAUUUGACAAAGUAUUCAAACCAAAUGCAACUCAAGAAAAGGUCUACAAUGAAGCUGCAAAAAGCAUUGUGUCAGAUGUAUUGGCAGGUUAUAACGGUACUAUAUUUGCCUAUGGACAGACCAGUUCUGGUAAAACACAUACGAUGGAGGGUGUCAUAGGUGAUCCAGGGAAACAGGGUAUUAUACCACGGAUAGUCAAUGACAUAUUUAAUCAUAUCUAUGCAAUGGAAGAGAACCUCGAAUUUCACAUCAAGGUCUCAUAUUUCGAAAUUUACAUGGACAAAAUCAGAGACUUAUUGGAUGUAUCAAAAGUGAACCUUAGUGUUCAUGAAGACAAAAACAGAGUUCCAUUUGUAAAAGGUGCUACUGAAAGAUUUGUGUCAAGUCCUGAAGAAGUUUUUGAAGUUAUUGAGGAAGGAAAGUCAAACAGACACAUUGCAGUGACAAACAUGAAUGAACACUCAUCUCGAUCUCAUUCAGUCUUCCUCAUAAAUGUUAAGCAGGAAAACUUAGAAAAUCAGAAAAAGCUCUCUGGCAAACUGUAUCUUGUGGACUUGGCUGGUUCUGAAAAGGUAUCUAAAACUGGUGCUGAGGGUACUGUGCUCGACGAAGCGAAAAACAUCAACAAAUCAUUAUCUGCAUUGGGUAACGUCAUUUCGGCGUUGGCUGACGGAAACAAAUCGCACAUACCUUACAGAGACUCGAAAUUGACGCGUAUAUUGCAAGAAUCGCUGGGUGGUAACGCUAGGACGACCAUAGUCAUUUGUUGUUCGCCAGCAUCGUUCAAUGAGAGCGAGACAAAGAGUACCCUUGACUUUGGCAAAAGAGCAAAGACUGUCAAGAAUGUUGUAUGCGUCAACGAAGAGCUCACGGCUGAAGAAUGGAAACGUCGUUAUGAGAGAGAAAAGGAGAAAGUGGCCAGGCUCAAAGGCAAGGUUGAAAAAUUGGAAGCCGAGCUCAGCCGUUGGCGCUCUGGUGAGACAGUUCGACCUGAGGAACAAGUCAACUUGCAAGAGAUCGAAGCUGUCACUCCUGUUACGUCGUUCAUUGAAGAGAAGCCACCAGUACCUCCGGUGCCAGUGGCUGUGUCUAGCGUUGUCGAAGACGCGACGAUGCAAGGCAAACUGGAAGCGCUUUACCAACAACUGGACGACAAAGACGAGGAGAUUAACCAGCACUCGCAGCUCAUCGAGAAGCUCAAGGAGCAGAUGAUGGAACAGGAGGAGCUGAUUGCAUGCACCAGGCGUGACUACGAAGCCCUGCAGGGUGACAUGAACAGAAUCCAGCAGGAGAACGAAGCGGCCAAGGAGGAGGUGAAAGAAGUGCUGCAAGCACUGGAGGAGCUCGCCGUCAACUACGACCAGAAGUCGCAGGAAGUGGACAGCAAGAGCCGCGAGUGCGAUCAGAUGUCGGAGGAGUUGCAGACCAAACAGAGCGCUUUGACCACUGCCACGUCUGAGCUGCAACAACUGCGCGACCUAUCAGCUCAUCAACGCAAACGCAUAGCUGAACUUCUCACCAAUCUUCUACGGGAUUUGGCUGAAAUAGGCGCGGCGGUUGGAGGCUCUGAAUUGGACUUCAAACUCAAUGUGGACACUGUCGGAAAACUGGAGGAGGAAUUCACAGUAGCUCGUCUGCACAUCAGCAAGAUGAAGAGCGAAGUGAAGAAUAUCGUGCAGCGUUGUCAUUCACUGGAGUCUGCCAAUAUUGACGCUAAUCAGAAGAUCGAAGAGUACGAGCGUACAUUGGGCGAAUGCAGACUGUUGAUAUCUCAGCAUGAGGCUCGCUGCGCUUCCCUCGCUGAGUCGAUGCGUGAAGCGGAGAACAAGAAGCGGCAGCUGGAGGAAGCGGCCGACGCGCUGAGAGAAGAGUGCGCUCGUUUACAGGCAGCGGAACGAGUACAAUUGGCUGCGGCAGAACAACGCGCCGAUUCCCAAUUACGCGGCGCUUUGGAAGCCCAACUGGAACAGCUGCGUACUGCCCACGCUACCCAAUUGGCUGGAUUAAGAGACGAACUAGCUGCGUUGCAACGCCAACACCAGGAACUCAAGGAUACAUACCAGGAGUUGACUCUCGCCCGCCAGCAGCUACAAGACGACUACGAGAAGCUGAAGCGCGAAGAAACGGACAAAUCGGCCAAACUCAAGGAACUCAUACAAAGCGUGGAAAGGCGUGAGCAGGCUCGCGCUGAUCUCAAGGGAUUGGAAGAUACGGUGGCGAAGGAGUUACAGACGUUGCACAACCUGCGCAAACUGUUCGUACAAGACCUUCAGGCAAGGAUAAAGAAAUCUACCAACUCCGAAGAGGGUGCCGAGGAAGAGGGCGGUUCUCUGGCUCAGAAGCAGAAGAUCUCGUUCUUGGAGAACAACCUGGAACAGCUGACGAAAGUGCACAAACAGUUGGUUCGCGACAACGCCGACCUUCGCUGCGAACUGCCCAAACUGGAGAAACGACUCCGCGCCACUAUGGAGCGAGUCAAGGCGCUGGAGACCGCGCUCAAGGAGGCUAAAGAAGGAGCGAUGAGAGACCGCAAGAGGUACCAAUUCGAGGUGGACCGAAUCAAGGAAGCCGUCCGCGCCAAGAAUCUCGCGCGAAGAGGACCCCAGGCGCAAAUCGCCAAACCGAUUCGCGCUGGCGGCGGGCACUUGGUGGGUGGCGGCGCGCCCGGCGUGGUGAGGCCGGCGCCCGCGCAGGACAUCAAACGGAAAUCCAUCAUCGUCGGCGCACGAGAUGAAAGUUGAAGAGGCGGUCGCAUCAUAUAGAGAAUUUAAAUGAAACAUCUUAGAUGUACCUACCACAUGAAGCGAACAGUCACAUGAAUAAUUAUACCCUUUAUAUUAAUAUGUGUUUAUGAAAAGCCUAUAUAAUAUAAGCUCUAUCACAGAAAAAAAAACUAAAAAUAUCGUAGAAAUCUCGUAUAAAUGCUUAAUAUUUUGAGCUAUCUAAUCUUAAAUUCGGUAAGUGCACAUGGAUUUAGAAGUUAGCUUUUCGCUAAACAUAGGUCGAAGUUUCAUUGAAUUCGUUAUCAAUUUUAUUGUUAGAUAACCAUGCAAAAAGUAUUAUAAAAUGUGAGCAGACCCAAUGCUUCGAAGGUCUUUUGAUGUUGCUAUUUUUAAUAAAUCAGAUAAACUAUAUUUUUAUGAAAUGACUAAGUAUUAUAUUUAGUUUUUCAAACUUGAAUGCUAGAUAUGCAUUUUGGCUAAAUUAAUUAAAUGACCUUAUAAUUUAAGUAAUCAAUAAUCUCAUUGGGAAGAAAUGUAGUAAAGGUAUACAUAAACAUAUUGAAUUGUUCAGUACAAACCAAUAACGAGCCAGUUACCAAUCUACGAGUGAACACGGAGCCAUUGUGACACCACAUUUCUUCCCGGUCGAAGUGAUACUAUGAUUUCAAAGAUGCAAUAUGUUUUUAUCUUUAAGAAUAAACUGAAUCAUUUGCAGACUUGCAUUAUGCUGCCGCACAAAAUAAAGAAAAGCAAAAAAAAAUACAAAAAAAAAGAAAAAUGUACCUACUACGGCCGUAUAUGUCUAUAUUCCACGUGUGGUGGCAAAUGCAUACGAGAAACGCAUCGUCGUGAAUGUGUAGAUGUUGUAGAGUUUAAGCUUCUUUAAUAUAUAUAUUUUUAUAUAUUGUGAUAAGCGAUGUUAUGCCGAUAUGUCAGCAUUUAUGUAGAUAACAGGACACGAGGUACUCGUCCGCGGUACACACGAGGUGUGAUGAGUGAUAACAAGAUGACAGCCAUUCCCUUCCCUCCAUAUACCCCCAUAAAUCCCCCACUCUCUCCCCCCAAAGGUCAGCUGCGUUGGUUUUGCUCGCGUGGUGCCUGAGCGACUUGCUGUUACUAGCAAGUUCCCCGCCCCCAGGCACGGAUUGCGCCAGAUGGAAUCCCGAUAUGAUAAAAAUUAGUGGGUGAUUUUUGUAUUCGAUUCGAUACGAAAAUCUCUUUCAACUAAAAAUACAAUUUUGCUCUGGUAUUAAUAAAAAAAUUACGAGUUAAAUUCCGAUUAGUGAAGUUACGUGUUUCCAAUAUUGUGAAAUUCUUUAUUGUGCGGGUUAUCAUUCAUGUCACCUUCUAGCUUGGACCUCAUGUUAGCGCGACUCCUUCACUUGCUUCGAGCUGUGAUGAUUCUUUUUAGCAAAUUCUUUUUUUUUUAUAUUUGGCGUUUCGCGUAAUUUCUUAGUGGUAUUUUUAGUAAUUAAGUUUCAUCAUUGGCUUUUACAACAGUGGGUAUCUAUAAAGAUGGCAGACGAUUACAUUUUAAAAAUCGCCAUUUCAGCAACGUUCAUUAUUAACUCUGUACUAAGUGUUAAAUAGGCUGUUUUCCUGCCGUUACAAAGCUUCCUAAUUCAUAAUGUUAAAAGUUUGAGAUAAAUGCAUUCAGAAAAUUAAUACACUCACUUAAUUUUAAUAGUGUCAGCUAUCAGCUUCAUAGUAGAUCUGUAACUUAUGUAAGUACUUAUGAAAUAUUCACUUGGAGUGCAGUUUUUGGUGCCAGGGCUUCUACAUGGUGCGUUCAAUAUAUUGGCGUACUGUUUAGUAGAUCCGGCGGCUGCGCUCUAUGAGGAGUUAUGGAACUAUGGUCGAAGCGCUCGCAAACCAAAGAUAAAUCACAAUGUCUAGAUUUAUUAUUAUUCGAGAUUAAUUACCAGCUGAAAUUCAAACCCCCUGAAUUACUGAAUGGUUCCAAAGCUCCUUAGUGUGUUGCAAUAUACAUUGUAUAAUUUAGGUGUAAAGUUAAAUAGUAAAUUAUUUCCCCUUUAAAGUAUACUGAUUUUAUUAUAUUUUUUAUUUAUUAAAUAUCAAGCCUAAAUUAUCUUGUUUCCUUUUUUCAUUUUAGAAGAGUAAUACGCUUUUUUUUACAUACCUCUAUACAAUAUUGUAAUCACGAUCAAAUAAAAUAUUUUUUUCAUUCGAAACUAGAGAUAUUGCAAAGAUACAUUUCAAGAGAUUAGGGCAUGUGUCUUUGUCAAUUUUAAAAUUAGUUGUUUUGUUAAAAAUAUAAAAUUAAGAGAGGCUACCCUCGGGUUUCCACAUGCCUGUUGCAUAGAUAGCUCAAACCGGAUGCCGUCGACGCUGCUUCUAUCGCGAUGGUCGGGCGAACCCCAAACCGGAAGGCUUGCCUUUGCACCAAGUGAUUUAGUUUGUAUUGACAUCUUUUGUAUGAUGUAUUUACUAUAGGAUAUUCUCGAAGAGAGUGUUGUCUUGGUUUUUAUUUAUUACGAAAAUAAAAUUAUGAAUUUCAUUUGCUAAAUGGUGUUUUUAUUUACUUAUUCUUGUCGAUCUCAUUUUAAAUAUGGAGCGUGGACUUAUUGUACAUAACACGACUGCGUACUUUUACUCAAAAAACGGUCGGAGAUGAGAGAGGGUUGUGUCGCUUUCUAAUAGGAUUACCAUGACUCUGGGAAUUAAAUAUAAUUCUUCUGGUUGGAAGUGAGGGCUACACACAACUGAGUUUUUGGUGACUUUCCGCUUCACAUGGACACCCAUAAUCACUUUUUGUCCCAUUUCUUAAUUUUUGGGUAACUAAUAAUGAUAGAGAAAAAUUUUAUUGACCAAAUAUACAAACAUAUAAAAAAUAUUUUUGAUAAUAAUAGGUAAUACCUAAAUUCAGUUCAGCUAAAUGUAAAAUUGAUAAUUUGCGACUGCAGUAAGGAAACCGGAUAGUGCGAGUCGGACUCGUCCACCGAAGGUUCCGUAUAAGUUUAUAGGUAUAAUGCGAUUCAAAUAA